CGCGUUUCCCCGGCUCGGGUCCCCCACCUCUCCCUCACCUUUAUCCUCUCCCUCCCCUUCCCCCGCCUCCGAUACCGAACAAACCGAACAUCGGCUAUUCUUGCUGCCUGAUGUGAGCCGUAGCUGGCCAUCCGCGGCCGCCGCAGCCUCCGUCGUUAAUGGCCGAGAUCCCCUUCACCGGCAUCCUUGACCUCCGCCUCACACCUGUCUCCUACAAGACUACUCCGCCGGCUCUCCUACCCCUCCGCCGCUCCCUCUCCGGACCGCCGACGACGAGGCCGAGACCAGCUCCCCACACGUUCGCGAGACCUUCCACCCCACCCGCCCUCGAGAUCUGCUCUACCACCGAGUGCUCGGACGGGAGCAUCAUCUUCCGGUUCUGUGAUGCAGCUGAAUUGAAGCAGGACGGGGUUGCGAUCGAGGCUGACAGCUCGGGUUCAGAGGAGACGGAGGUGAGAGGCUGUUUGGUGGGAGAAUUUGGUGAAAUCGAUCAGGAAAUGGUGAAAAGAUCUGAUCUUGAGCUGGAUGGAUCGGUAUCCCUGGAGAGUGGUGACGGAGAAGGUACUAAGACUGUAGAAGGAGCUCCAAAAAUCGAGUCUUGGGAAGGCAGAGAGGAUAGUGGGAUACACAGAAAAGAGAAAGUUGCUGUUUUGGCGAUGGGGGAACCGAAAGAGAUAGAUGUUUCCCAUGGUGUUGGUAAAUUGAGGACGAUGGAUACACAAGUAACUGAACAAUGUCCUGCCUCAGGGAUCAUUGAUUUGGAUGGUUCCUCGAAGGCUGAGAAAUUGGAAGGAAUGGAGGUUUUGGGUGGUGAUCAGACCGUGCAUACUGGGGAUUUGGAAGUUAAAGAAGUUCCGCAAGAAAAGGAGAAGGGGAGUUCAAAGCCUAAUAUUGCAGUGCUGGAAUCAGUGGGGUCUCUGGGUAAUGAUCAGGAAAAGACUAAUUUCGCUGUAGAGAAGAGUGAGAUUCCAGAAAUUGAGCAAGAUUCUGAACUGGGUACAGGAGUAUUGGAAACAUCAGAAAUUCCAAUUAAUGGCGAGGAUAUAAAAGUGAACUCCGUGGGGGAAUCUUUACAAGAACCAAGGAGUUCUGAUAUGGAUAAUCAGAUAUGUGACUCCAGUGAUGAAAGUCUCCUUGCUGCAGAACUUCCAGCAACCAGUGAAGUUGAUAGCAUGGAAAUUAUUUUGGAAGAUACUGAGGCUUCAGAGGUUUCUAAUGCCAUGGAUGUCGACACUGAUGUGGAUGUUGAAUCAAAUCCCUCUUCUAUAGAAGAUCAAGCAAAGAAGAAUACGGUUGAAAGAUCAGUGGUGGGCCAAAUUAUUGAUAUGACUGAACAGAACAACGGGAGUACUGAAGUGGCUGAUCCUAACAGGGUGACUCCAAUAUCAGCACCAUCACUUUCCCUGUCUUCAGGAGCAGCCAUCUUACCACAUCCUUUGAAGGCGUUGUCAGGUGGGGAAGAUGCAUUCUUUGUGGCAUGCAAAAACUGGUUCGGCAUAGCUGAUGGAGUAGGUCAGUGGUCGCUAGAAGGAAUCAAUGCAGGAUUAUAUGCUCGGGAACUAAUGCAGAACUGUGAGAAAUUAGUUUCAGAAUGUCAAGGAGUCCCAGGAACUAAACCAGACCAAAUUCUAAUUCAGAGCGCUGCUGAAGCUCGUUCUCCUGGUUCAUCUACUGUUCUGGUUGCUUAUUUUGAUGGACAGGUUCUUCAUGCGGCCAAUAUUGGAGAUUCAGGAUUCAUUGUGAUAAGGAAUGGCGCAGUUUUUAAGAAGUCCACCCCGAUGGUUUACGGAUUCAAUUUUCCCUUGCAGAUUGAAAGAGGAGAGGAUCCUUCAAAAUAUAUAGAGGUCUAUGCAAUUGAUUUAGACGAAGGGGAUGUAAUCGUAACUGCAACAGAUGGCCUGUUCGACAAUCUAUACGAACAGGAAGUAGCGGCAAUUGUAUCCAAGUCCCUUGGGACCAGCCUCAAGCCUACGGAAAUUGCCGAGUUCUUGGCAUUGAGGGCUCAGGAGGUUGGAAGAUCACCAUCGGCGAGAAGUCCAUUUGCUGAUGCAGCCCUUGCAGCUGGAUACCUUGGUUUUACUGGUGGCAAACUCGACGACGUGACUGUCAUUGUUUCCAUCGUCCAGAGAUCCGACUAAUGAUUUCGUCUUCCAUGAAUCCGUAGUUAUUUAAAUCCUUAUCUGCACUGUGGUUUUGUUGUUGCCGGCAGUCUGCUUGCGCAAAUAGAAAAGAGGGUACAAAAGGUGUAAUCUGGUUAAUUUCAACCCUGAGCUGCUGGACUUUGUGUUUGGCUCAAUUUUUGGGCUGUGUAAUAAAUUUUUAAGUGUUUGUUCUAUGGCAUUAGCUGAUCUGCUGUCAAAUCUAAUAUAAACAAGGUGGUGUUUGGUUGGAAGAAGUUGGGGUCUGGAAUUAGAAUGAGAAUGAGUUUAAUUUUAA